UCCCAGAAGCUUUACCACCAAGCAGCAAGACAAAGUUGAGCUCGGUGAAGUUCGCAUUGCGACCUCUUAGAACAAUUGACGUCUGAUUUAAGGUCGUGCCAAAGCCUUGCACGGCUUAGUCGUAAAAAAGCUCCAGUUCCUUGAAACAAGAUGUUAUUUACGUUUUAACAGGGCAAGUUACAUGUGCAGGUAAUCUCUGUUUGCUCUCUGAGAAGGAUUUGGCACCGCGCUGAACAUAUCGAGCAGAAAUGGAUAGACGGUGGUCGGUUUGCGCGCCUAUUUUUCUCUGCCUGGUCUGCUGGUUCUCAUCCUCUUUUGCCUCUACAAGCGUUCGUCUUGCGGGUGGAUCUAAUCCGCUUAGAGGUCGUGUGGAGGUUGGCUUGAGCGACGGCACGUGGGGAACCGUCUGCGACGAUUACUGGGACAUCCGAGACGCAACUGUUGUUUGCCGCCAACUCGGGUAUGCAAAGGCAAGCAGCGCUAUCCCCCGCUACGGAGGUGGUCGAGGCCCGAUAUUGCUGGACAAUUUAGAAUGUACUGGGCAAGAAAGUGACUUGUUCCGAUGUCAAGGCGGUCGAGUGGGCGUGCACAAUUGCGAACAUUCGGAAGAUGCCGGUGUCGAAUGCGAUAACAGCAAGGUUCGAAUUGUGGGUGGACCAAGUGAGAUGAGGGGCCGCGUUGAGGUUCGACACAACGGCGUCUGGGGGACGGUUUGUGACGAUUCCUGGGACAUAAAUGACGGUCAUGUCGUCUGCCGUCAACUCGGGUAUGCAAAGGCAAGCAGCGCUAUCCAGUCCUACGGAGGUGGUCGGGGCCCUAUAUUGCUGGACGAUUUAAAAUGUACUGGGCAAGAAAGUAACUUGUUCAGAUGUCGAGGCGGUCGAGUGGGCGUGCACAAUUGCAGACAUUCGGAAGAUGCCGGUGUUGAAUGCGACCCUAGCAGCGCUCGAAUUGUGGGUGGACCAAGUGAGAUGAGAGGCCGCGUUGAGGUUCGACACAACGGCGUCUGGGGGACGGUUUGUGACGAUUCCUGGGACAUAAAUGACGGUCAUGUCGUCUGCCGUCAACUCGGGUAUGCAAAGGCAACCCGCGUUAUCCAGCGCUACGGAGGUGGUCGGGGCCCUAUAUUGCUGGACAAUUUAGAAUGUACUGGGCAAGAAAGUGACUUGUUCGGAUGUCAAGGCAAUCGAGUGGGCAUGCACAAUUGCGGACAUUUGGAAGAUGCCGGUGUUGAAUGCGACCUUAGCCGCGUUCGACUUGUGGGUGGACCAAGCGAGAUGAAAGGCCGCGUUGAGGUUCUACACGACGGUGUCUGGGGGACGGUUUGUGACGAUUCCUGGGACUUAAAUGCCGGUACUGUCGUCUGUCGUCAACUCGGGUUUUCGACAGCUAUUUUGGCCAUUCAGCGAUUCGGCGGCGGCAAAGGCCGGAUUUUACUGGACAAUUUGCGUUGCAAUGGGCUUGAAAGCAACCUCUUCCAGUGUUCUAGGAAUCCGGUAGGAGACCAUGACUGUAGCCACAGUGAGGAUGCUGGCGUGCAAUGUGUACGAUGAGGACAUGAUCUGGCGCCGGGGCAGUACCGGCCCCAGGGGAAAUUCAGCUGUUGGAAGCGGGUGCACGGAUGUAUGUGAAUUGACCCUGUUGAUGCGAAGGGUCUGAUUUGCUACUCCAUCAAACCAAUACACCAGUUUAUUGACCCAGUUUGAUUACUGGACCUGCUGAAGUACCCCAUCAGCUUCUGCUUCUCUGAUGCACUCUUUAAGCUCCACAUACUCUUUUCUUUUGGGUUUUACUUCGCAGACAUGUACGAUAUUUGAAAUGCAUAACCCAGCAUAGCAUUAUAGCCACCAUUAUUUACUGCGAUACAAACUUACACUUGGUCUC